UUGGUAUUUGCAAUGAAGUAUCUGGUGGAUGCAAAGUUAGGAAUGGUUGUAUUUGUGGAGUGAUACUUGUUAGUGUGAAUGUGCCUAGUAUUGCCGGAGGGAUUUGUAAUGUGUCAUAGAAGUAUUAAGUAGUAUCAAUAUUCUUUUCAUACGGAUCGGACUUGUAAUACAUUAGGGAGCGUGAGGAAAUUAGAUGACUAGUUAUUUGCUGAUUAAUUUUUUUUAUCAGAUGGAAUACACUGGUCAUAGCGAGAAAUUCUACAUGGAGGAUGAAAGCGAUUGUGUUGGCGAUGUAGUCAGUUCAGAUGCUGAUGAAUUUGAUGCUGAGCAAUUGGAUCCAAGUGGGCAGAAUGACGUAUCGGAUUAUGGAGAUGUAUUUGGUCUUACCGCAGCUGAAAUAGAGAACAAGGUUUUCAGAAUGGAGGAGCGUGCUUAUGAAUUCUAUAUGAGGUUUGGGAAGUGCCAUGGGUUUGCAGUACGCAAGGGAGACUAUGGGAAGGAUGAUGACGGAAAUGUAAUUAGGAGGAGAUUCUUUUGCAACAGAGUUGGGUUAAGGGAUGAAAAGCACUAUAAUAGAUUAGAUAGAAAAAGAUGUCAUAAGCCUGAGACACGAACAAACUGCCAGGCUAAGUUGUCGAUAUAUCUUGACAAAGAAAGUUCGAACUGGAAGGUCCGGAAAGUCAUCCUCGAGCACAACCAUGAGUUAGUAGCUAGGUGUAUGGUACACUUGAUUCCAAAGUUCCGUCGGGUUUCAGGUGCGGCAAAGGAUCAGCUAGAUGGUAUGCAAAGUUAUGGGCUACCUACGUCAAAGAUACUUGGGUACAUGGCAGGGAUUGCCGGGGGGUAUUCACUAUUGGGUUUCACAAAGAAGGAUGCUUAUAACUACCUUGACCAGACUAAGCACGCUAAGAUCGCAGAUGGGGAUGCAAAUUCUGCCAUUGUCUAUUUGGAGGGAAAGGCUUCUGUGGACCCCAUGGCAAUGGCGAGGUAUAACCUGACUAAGGAGGGUAUGUUGGCCAACUUGUUUUGGGCCGAUGGAAUGAGCAGAGUUGAUUACCAACACUUUGGUGAUGUCAUCGCGUUCGAUUCGACGUACAAAAAGAACAAGUACAGGAGACCGCUUGUAAUAUUCUCGGGCGCAAACAACUACAAACAGACGACGAUCUUCGGGUUCGGGUUAGUGUUGGACGAGACAAUUGCUUCGUACAAGUGGAUGCUAGAAAAUUUCCUUGAGGUGAUGUGUAAUAAAUUGCCAUCUGUUGUAGUCACAGACGGUGAUGAUGCCAUUAUUGCCGCAGUUACGGAAGUUUUUCCUAGUGCUACCCAUCGCCUAUGUGCUUGGCAUCUACAAAAGAAUGUUACAUCUAAUGGGAACGAGAAGAUGUUCAGGGACUUGUUUUCGAGGUGGUUGUAUGCGGAUAUGUCGAUAGAUGACUUUGAAGCGGAAUGGGCUGAAGCAGCGGAUGAAUACGGGUUACAUGAUAAGUUGUGGGCAAUGCAGAUGUACGAAAAAAGAAAGAUGUGGGCGAAUGCAUACCUUCGUGACAAGUUCUGUGCUAGGUUUCGUACCACAUCGCGAUGCGAGGGUAUAAAUUCGCAUGUGAAGAAAUUCCUUAGCUCGAAGCACACUAUACUGGAGCUUGUGCAAAAUCUUGAGCUAGUCCUUCGUGAAUACCGGAACAAUGAGAUGGUUGCACAGUUCAACUCCAUUUAUAAUGUCCCUGUUAUGACGACGUGCCUCAAUCCAAUCGAAAAAUGUGCUGCCAUGGUAUAUACACGGACCAUUUUCACCAACGUGAAAAAGGAGAUAGAUGCGGUUGGAGCUCUAAACUUUGUUAGUAAGCGGAGGGUGUCAACGACGGUAGUUUACACAAUGGAAGAGUAUGGUAAUCCCGGAAAGCCAGUGGUUACUUUGAUCGACAUGAACACAACAAAGUUGGAGUGUAGAUGUAACUUUUGUGCUAAAGAGGGGAUACCUUGUCGACAUAUAUUUUUUGUGAUGAAGCAUGAGCACUUGAAGACAAUUCCUCAUCGGUUAAUUUUGAAACGAUGGCGAAAGGACGUUAAGGCCGUUGAAGACUACUCGGAGAAGAAGGACGUGGCCGAUGAUCGGGGAUUCUUGCUUCAGCAUGGUGCCUUACAUGCGGCGGCUCAGUGGUUGUUGUUUCUUAGUGCGCAGAGCCAUGAGCUAUUUAAUGUAGCGAUGAGGGGAAUUCGUAGCAUGUGUGUUGACAUGGAGGGAUUGUGCGGGGAUGGCUAUGAUCAGACCAACACAGAUCCUGAAGUUGGUGUGCGUGAUCCAACUGUCAUGCGGACGAAGGGGGCUCCUAGUACCCGGGGGGUAAGGGAUAGGAAAAGAAGAUGCACGACUUGCAGGCGAACUGGGCACACCAAGCGAAGGUGCGUUGAAGGGUUCAAAAAGGCGUCUGUAAAGCUGCACGACUUGGAAGACGAUGCUGAUGUGACACCACACAAAGAAAAGUCCCCAAAAUUGAACCAGGUACCAAAGGGUAGAAGUGGUCAGGUGGAUGGGGAAGAAGGCAUAGCAGCCGAUUGUGAGUUUGAUCGCUUCAUUGGAACAGCGCAAAGUGAGACGGUUAAAGCCAAUGCGUGCAUGCCGGAGGGAAAUUGGGCUAUUGAGGUGCUGGACCUCCUUCGUUCACUCCACGCACAUGUUGAGUACAAAUGACAAGUUGUACCAUUCACGAGUUUGUUACAUAAUUGAUGAUGUUGAAGCAAUGUACUUCUUAGAGGGACCUUUCGGAUACUAAUUUGUAUGAUAUGAAUAUUAUAUGUAGCUGGUCGCACUAGUACUCUGUUA